UUCCACUUACAGCCUCGUCGCGACCACUCGAAAUAUUUCACGACGAGACAACCGCCGUGUCCCUCGACGCUCGAAAAGAUAAAUAUGGCAGACCCCGUGGUAGAGGAGCUUAAUGCUUUAUUUGGGCCAGCAUCGGUGAACAAAAAAAUAGAGGCAGAUGUGCUCGCCGAGCUGCAAUCGAUUAUGCGCCUCCACUCUAUCCCGCCCCAGGAGCUGUUCUACAAAUGGGAGUCUUACAGCAUGAAGAUUGGGACGGACGAUAUGAAGCUUGACAUCGAGACCUCGAGAGCUCUUAAGCAGGAUAUUCAAGAUGGAUUGGAAAGAGAGAGCAGGAACAAGUUGAACGCCAGGAGUGUGGAGAAGCGGGUAGCUACCCCGCGAAAUAUCUCUAGCACUGGAGAUGUAUUCAAUAUGCUGGAUGGCCUGGUGCCAAAUACUCCUCGGACCGCGCCAGGAAGCGCUGCGUCGAAACGCAAGUUUCAGACACCAUCCAUAUCACGAGUGAAGCAAGAACCCGCCAGCAGCCCACCAGAGUUCAAGACCCCCUACAAGCCAGGAGAGAAGGAGUAUGGAGGACCAACCGUCGCCUUCAACGACCGCCCCAACGCCGGCCAAACCGUCGAAAUCCUCAACGAACAACUCCCCGCCCCAUCCCCCCCAAUCGCACCCUUCUCCGAACCCCGCAUCAAGCUAAUCGCCAACUCGGACCUCAAAAAGCUCUCCUACAAACCCAUGGCCAUGAAAUCCUCCGAAUCCUCCGAAAUCCUUGACGACCGCAUCGACGAGCUCAUGGCCCUGAUCAAAACCCACCACACCCUCCCCGACUCCGCCUUCGGCAGCGCCGCCAACAAAUCCGUCGACGAAAUCGUAGCCAUCGGCCGCAUCGCCUCGGACUCCGCAGACGGGAAACUCAACACCGCAUCCCUCGUCCUCGAGACCUCGCGACGCAUGGGGAACGGGCUGCGCGUCCCCCUCCGUCUCGGGUCCGUGGCUAGCUUCCAGUUCUUCCCGGGCCAGAUCGUCGCGCUCCGCGGCAUCAAUGCUUCGGGCGAGGAAUUCACAGUCAGCGAAGUCCUCGAGAUUCCCUUACUCCCCGUCGCGGCCUCUACACCUCAGGGCCUGGAAAUGCACAUCCAGCGCCUCCGCGGCGGCCCAGACGCGAUGGACGACGACUCCGCCGCCGCCCCGCUCAACAUCAUCAUCGGCGCCGGUCCCUACACCACAGAUGACAACCUCGAUUUCGAGCCCCUGCACGCCCUCUGCAGCCAAGCAGCAGACACCUACGCCGACGCGCUGAUCCUCGUCGGUCCCUUCCUCGACACAGAGCACCCCCUCCUCGCAUCGGGGGACUUCGAUCUCCCCCCCGAAGCGGAAGCGGAUCCCGACACCACGACGCUAAAAACCGUAUUCAAGCACCUCAUCUCGCGACCCCUCCAGUCUCUCGCCGCGGCAAACCCGAGUAUAACAAUCCUCCUCAUCCCGUCGGUGCGCGACGCCAUCAGCGCGCAUGUAUCGUGGCCGCAGGAGCCGUUUCCGCGCAAGGAUUUGGGGCUGCCGAAACAGGCGAAGAUUGUGGGAAAUCCGAUGACGGUGUCAAUUAAUGAGAUUGUCACGGGGAUAUCGAGUCAGGAUAUCCUCUCUGAGUUGAGGCAUGAGGAGGUGACUGGUGGAGCGCCGCAGGCUGGUGGGAUAUUGGCGCGUUUGCCGAAAUAUAUUAUCGAGCAGCGCCAUUUCUUCCCUCUGUACCCGCCUGUCGACCGUAAACUCCUGCUCCGCACAGGGACAGUGGAGGGUGCGCCGCCGGGAGCGAUGCUCGAUGUGAGUUAUCUCAAGCUGGGGGAGAUGCUGAAUGUACGCCCCGACCUCCUUAUUGUCCCCAGCGCGUUGCCACCGUUUGCAAAGGUCGUGGAGAGUGUGUUGGUGAUUAAUCCGGGGGUUGUGGCGAGGAGGAAGGCGGCGGGGACGUUCGCGAGGGUUAGUGUCGGGGAGGCGGGGUUGACGGAGGAGGAGAGGGGGGGAGGGUUGACGGUGGCGCAUAAGUUGUAUGAGAGGGCCAGAGUGGAGAUUGUGAAGGUGUAGUGUAGUGUAGGUAGGUAGGCACCCCUAAUAUGGGGGUGUAUUGGAAGUGCUGCGGCGGUUAUGAGGUUGGCGUUUUUGGAUAUAGGAAGAUGGGCAUCACGGAUAAUGAAAGACACAAAAUUGACAGUCGCCCGCUUCUUGAUUUGGCG